GUCAUCUUUUAAUGAACAGCAGCACAACAAAGGCCGGGAUGCAGUCCAGCCUGAAAAAGAGACGCUGUGCAGCAAGUGAGCUGGGAAGCAGCCCACCAGCAAACCAGCAUGCCUCCAAAGAAGCCCGAACCUAAGAAAGCUGAACCUAAGAAGGAAGAACCCAAACCGGCACCUAAACCAGCAGAACCAGAACCCAAAAAAGAAGUUGAAUUUAACCCAGCUUCUAUCAAAGUUGAAUUCACCCCUGAUCAAAUUGAAGAAUUUAAGGAAGCGUUCUCACUCUUUGACCGGACUCCUAAAUCUGAGAUGAAAAUCACAUACGCGCAAUGUGGAGACGUCUUGAGAGCUUUGGGGCAGAAUCCAACCCAGGCUGAGGUCAUGAAAGUGCUUGGCAGACCCAAACCAGAAGACAUGAACUCCAAGAUGAUCGACUUUGAGACCUUCCUGCCGAUGCUCCAGCAUAUUGCCAAGACGAAAGACACCGGCACCUAUGAGGACUUUGUGGAGGGUCUGCGCGUGUUUGACAAGGAGGGAAAUGGAACGGUGAUGGGUGCUGAACUUCGCCACGUUUUGGCUACCUUGGGUGAGAGGCUGACUGAAGAGGAAGUUGACAAGCUGAUGGCUGGCCAGGAAGAUGCCAACGGCUGUAUCAACUAUGAAGCUUUUGUGAAACACAUCAUGGCUAACUGAACAUCAGAACAAGAUUGGUGCCGAGAACCCCAGAUGCUGGCCUUGGAUUUCGAUGUAAUGGAAUGUCUUCUCAUUUUUCAGCCCCGAUUCCCAUUACAGAGCUACAAAAUGUGCUGUCCCUGAAGUUACUUGGAUAAACGGGUUUUUUUGUUGUUUGCUUUGUGUUUUUUCUUCAUGGGAAGAAGGUAGCCUCCGUGGAGAUUCAAGGAAACUGAAGGAACUGAAAUCAGAACUUUGAAUACCUGGGCAUUGUAAUUUUUUGCUGAUAAAGAAUAUAAACAGCAAUACAAAAUUGUUAGGUGAGAGGGGAUUAAAGGGGAGUAAUUUUUUUCAUUACUAAAUCAACCAAAAGACUUAUUUGUCAUUUAGCCAUAUGUUUCCCUCCCCUCUUCCUUCCAAAACAACUGGACCUUUCUCUUGUGUUUAUUGCAUUUGUUAAAAAACAGCUGUAGGAGAGUAAGGGAGAAAAGAAACUAAACCAAUCAUAUAAAUCUCAUGUGUACAAGAAAUACUCUCAGUCUUUAGAGAAAAAGAGUUAAAGUAGAAUGCCCAGCAAUCAGCAACAAACACACAUUGUUCACAUGUUUCUCAGCUUUGGAAGAUACCACCGUUAACACAUAAGAUGUAAAAGGAAAAAACAAAGCAAAACCAGAAGUAUACACAAUGUUUGCUAAAAGGCAUCUCUUCUCCACAAGGAUUACUUCCCAUUGCAACGGUCUGACCUAUGAAACAAGUAAAAAGUCUUUCCCAAUGCAAACUGGAAAUUGUUCUAAUAUACAAAUCUUGGUCCUGUAGCUUUUCACAGUAAAACAUGGGAUUCUUUGUCAGCUGGUUUCAUCAUUGUUUCUAUGUCUGUGUGAGGGAAGGGGAAAUGGGAAAUAAAUGCUGUUGGGAAAAACCUCAGUAGAGGCAAAUGCAAGUUGAGAAGCAUGAAAAAGCAGAUGGAUUAAUCUGGCUGAUUUUCUGGGGAAUAAUAAUUUUAAAAGUAAAAAACCCCCAAAACAACAAUAUAUCCUUUGGGGCUGGAAAAAGGAGAAGCUACAAGCUGGUACACUUUGUUGGGAAAUACAAAAAAAAUCUGAAUAUGCAACACUCCAUUUAAGCAAGAGGAAUUGUUAAAACAGACAACUUGGAAACUUGGUGGAGGAAAGAUAAUCAGUGGAACAUUGGAAUACCAGGAUGCAAACUGCAUAGCAAUGACUGAAUAGGUCAUCCCUGCAGAGAAGAAUUGCUAUGAACGAGAGAACACAAACUAUCAAAUUACAUGAAUAUACGAGCUGUAACAAAAUGUACCAUUGAAUAGCCAUAAUAGAAAAUCAGCAGUUAGAGAGCUAAAUGCACUAUCAAGCUGAUGGCAAUAACAAUAAAAUCCUAAAGGAAAUUCAACAAGAUAGUGCAGAGGGAGGAGUAGAAAGAUGCUCAUGAUGACAGGAAUGUCUUAUACCCAGCCUGGAUUAACUGUACACAAAGGUGGAAGUAAGUGACAAAAAAAGUUGUCACUAUGCGUCACUAGUUUUGAAGAAACCACCUGUGAAGCAUCAUUCCUGCACACAGCCAUGCACUGAACAGCCACUGAUAAGGCCAUGAGAUCACCAUCUAGGUCUGCUCCAGUGUGCCGGGGGUGGACUCCAGAGGCAGUCACCACCUGUGGUCCAUCUCCUCCUCGGGGCUCCUUUUGGGGACAUCCCCUUCCACCCUCAGCAUUGGCUCCUGUGAUUUCCUAGGAAAUGGAGCUAACACCAUUUCAUAAGCAUCUUGCCUUCACUGUCUUGUCACUGUAUAUUUAGAUAUUGAUUAGAUAUACCCUAAUGAGGGUUUAAUACUGUUUUGAAUCUAAGGUGUACAGCAGUUGGAAAAUGCAGCUCUUUCUCCAUUUCCCACUGAUGCAAUGAAUCAUUGGGAAUGCCUCCUCUCUUCUACCUUACCCUUCCAGGGGUAUCUCUAGUUUAAAGACCCCUUGAGCUCUAGGUCUCACACAGCUGAGGAGCACUAUGAGGGCUCAGCACAGAAACAUUCUGCCAGCAGGUACCAUCUGACCACCUCCUCUUUGUCCUCCAUCCCCUGUUGCUCUGUCACCAAAGCUCAUCUCUAAAUUGGGCUAUUGCCAUGACACACAGAGUCCUACACGUCCUAGUCUGGAGCCAAACCUGUCAAAAUUUUCAUCAAAAUCAAAGUGUGGUUUUUUGUCCUGACCUUUAUUUACCACAUCAGGUGCAGCUUUAGAGGAGAAAUCCUACUGUCUCCAGCGGGCUGUCAGCUGCUCACUUCCUCAGCUGCUGCACACAAAGCCAACACCCUGCCGCUACUCAGACCCCCAGUAAGGGGUCACCUGGAGCUAUGAUAUCUAAAUCUUGCAGAGUAUUUCACCAUGUAUCCCCCAAACAACAUCUGUCCUCAUCCACAGAUGCAAGCAAGGCUUUCGUCUGGGCAUACGGGUGGCGUUCACCUGUCUAAGUGCAGCAGAGCUGGUGUCGCCAUCCGUCCUGGGCUUCAGUGCUUAUCUCCUUGGCACACACAGCAUUCUGUACCGUGAGGAUUACACAUCAUUACUGGUUUUGUUACUGGUUUUGUUGUUGCUGUUACUAAAAUCACAGUUUGAAACACCCUCAACCACAUGAGUCCAGCAGCUGGGACUGAUGUGAGGCUCUGAGCUGUUUCAGGAAAACUGGAAGGGCUGGUAACGCUGGGAGCAAGCAAGCAAGUCCUUUGAUGGAGCAACAGGAGAGGCAAAGACCAACAAACGCCUGAGUUGGUGUGCAGCAGCCGAGAGUGCAAGGCAAGAGCACUGCCGAAGUGCAGCGCAUGGGGCAAGCUGAGCUCACCGGUGAAGCAGAACGGAGUGAGAUAACAGCCGGUGUGUCACCCCAAGUGCAUUGGCAGGGCUCUUUGAGGAAGGAUCCACAGGUCAACCCAAGGUGCAUAAGCGAAGCCGUGUGUGGGAGCAGGCUGGCAUUGUGCCUAUUGCCUCCCGGGUCUCGGGGCGUGCUAUUGCUGGAUGUUGUUUUCCUAAGCACAAGAUUCACUUGAAAGCAAACCGGAACAAAUAAGCAGCAUCUCCCCCUUCCCUUCCCCUCCUCUUCUCCCUUACCCCUAACCCCAAAUUUUUUUAAAAAAAACAACACAAAACCAACCUCCUAUCUAGAGAAUGUUUCGUUAAAAAAAGAUGUGGGCAGGAGGCAAGCCAAGUUUCUAGGAGAUCUUUUUAUAGCAGUAGCAUCUGGCUCUUUGGGAGACUCCGUAGGGAGUUUUGCUGGUGACUUUACAUCUGCUGUGGUUAAGCUGCUAAUGGACUGGCUGUCUGGGCUGCUGCCUGCUCCACUGACUCCUUAGUACCAUGCUCUGGUUAUUUGAGGAGUUCGAGCCUAUUGACUUCUUGCCAGAAUUACAUAGUACAUUCCAGUAGUAACUUGCAUUGCAACACGCUGUCAGGCAGAAGGGGGUUCAGAUGGAGCGAGGAUAUUGGCUGGCGUUUCACUACCCUCUCCUUAAACCCACCCAGCACUAGAGCAUGGGAUGAAUCGUGGAUUUUAAUUUUGAUACGGAAAAAAAAGGAAAGCGAAUACUGUAAUAUUUUUUCAGUAAUGUCCACAGGCAAAUAAACAAGUAAAUACAUCAAAGAUUUAAUCUGGUGGUCAAUUAAAAAUUCUUAGCCCCAUAGCGAUAUGUUCCAGCUAAUUAUUUUUUUUACUUAUCCAUCACUCUAAAAGGUGCUUUUUAACCUCAACUAAUUAAUUACUGGUUUUGUAGGGAAAAAGCAAGAUGCAUCUGCCCGCAUAAUUUUGAAAUUUUUGAAAUUUUAUUUCAGCCAAGCCUGUUGUCAAAAUUACACCUGAUUAUAAGCAUGUAUAUCCUCCAUAAUGCCACUCCCUAGAGAAUCUGCAGUUUUUCCCAGAAGUGGCUUCAGGAUUAAUUUUUGUUAGCUGACUCAUUUGAUUUUUCAUAGCUUUUGCUUUUUUCAUGAGAUCAAUUGCCCCUUAGAAACACUGUUCUUCCCUCCACUGGAAACACUGUUCUUCCCUCCACUGAGAAUAAACCAACCCCAAACAACCACUUUGGGAUCAGGCUAUUGGAACUCAGUUCAGCUGUGUGCCUUGUCAUUUGCAAUGCUCUGGGCCACUGCCCCGUGCUCUAGUUGUUGCUCAGAAAUAUGCAUCUCUUCUGAAAGUCCUGUUUUGAGUUUUUGUGGAUGAAAUUCACCUGGCUGAACUUGUUAGCUUGACAGAUUUGCUCACAGACAGGCAUUGUCGCUUCCCAGACCUUGCCUGCAUACUAUUGCACCCCUUGCCCUCCCCACCAAGAUAAAGCCCUGCCAAGACAAAAGAGCUGUCUAUAUCUAAUUGUAGCAGCAGUGGUUGUGGAGGACUGAUGAUGUGAAAAUAUCUGUGAUAUCAUGUUUACCGGCAGAAUUAAUAUCUGAUUAUUUGAUAUUAAUCUUAAAUACAGAGAUGAGUGUUUAUGCAGAGAUGUAACCGUGCUGCACAACGUAGACAGUGUGAACUAUGAAUCCACCAAAUGCUUUUGUGAUUCAGCAUAGCUAUUUUUUCCCCAGUUUUAUUUAAAAUAAAAAUUCUUUGGAUUUCCUGGAG